AUGCCCGAUCUUCCCAACGUCGGCAUGGAGCGCGACCUGGAUCAGUUCAAAGAGUACUUCGAGUCCCCCGCCUUCCGCACGGACGGCCUCAAGAUCUACCCGACGCUAGUGAUCCGCGGUACGGGGCUCUACGAGCUCUGGCGCACAGGCCGGUACCAGAACUACACGCCCAACGGGCUCAUCGACCUGGUGGCGCGCAUCCUCGCGCUCGUGCCGCCCUGGACGCGCAUCUACCGAGUCCAGCGCGACAUCCCCAUGCCUCUCGUCUCGUCGGGCGUGGAGAACGGCAACCUGCGAGAGCUGGCGCUGGCGCGCAUGAUGGACUUCGGCACGACCUGCCGCGACGUGCGCACGCGCGAGGUCGGCGUCAACGAGGUGAAACACAAGAUCCGCCCCAACCAGAUCGAGCUCGUCCGCAGGGACUACACGGCCAACGGCGGCUGGGAGACCUUCCUCGCCUACGAGGACCCCAAGCAGGAUAUCCUGGUUGCGCUGCUGCGGCUGCGCAAGUGCAGCGAGAAGUACACGUUCCGGGAGGAACUGGUCGGGCAGCCGACCAGCCUGGUGCGGGAGCUGCACGUCUAUGGCAUGGCGGUGCCCGUGCAUGCGCGCGACCCGCGGAAGUUCCAGCACCAGGGCUUUGGGACGUUGUUGAUGGAGGAGGCGGAGCGGAUCGCGCGGGAGGAGCAUGGGAGUGAGAAGAUUAGUGUUAUCUCGGGGGUGGGCGUCCGGAGCUAUUAUGCCAAGUUGGGGUACUGGUUGGAUGGUCCUUAUAUGAGUAAGUGGCUCAAUGGGAGGCCGGGGCCAGAGGAAUAG